AUGUCUCGCAUAGCCGAUGGCAAUGUCUUCGCAGACCUCUCCGGUACCUCAAAUUCCACGACUGAAAAUCCAUACGAUGCAUUGCUCGAAGCAUGCAAACAAGAACCGCUUCGCUAUCAGACGCACCGCGAGACUCGGAAUGACCAACAAAAAAGCAAGUUGACCUCUCCAGAUUUCUCAGGGUUCAUCAUAGACGAAGUGCUGCACAAGCUCGUCAACCCAGAGAUAAAUCCAGGAUACGUCGAUCCGAGAAAUUGCCUGGUCUUUUGGGCAAGACCACCAAAACGUAUCCGGCAGCUCGUGGAAACUUUACAGAAGCGGCUACUUGGAUAUGCACCUAGUCUCUGGCUCAUGCCUGUCGGAUGUCUUCACAUGACCGUUCUCGAAAUCACGCAUUCCAAAACAGAGGCGGAGAUCGAGCAUCUCGUGAAUACUAUGGAGAGCAAAGUGCCGGAGCUUACAGACUUUACAUACGAUCAUCGAGCCCGACUGGUUAAGCCAAUGCUAAGCUACGACGCUGCAGCCAUUGCCUUGAGCUUUCUACCGGCCGCUGGGGAAGGUUUACCUGCAGAGAAAGCCGCCAACGCUGAUGCUUACACCUAUCACCAUCUACGCAGAGACAUGUACGGUCUUUGCAGAUCUGCGGGCGUCGAAGUGGCUUCUCGUUACGUUGUCCCAUCUUCUCAUCUUACAAUCGCACGCUUCGUCACUCAGAAGGAUAUCUCGAGCAAAGACGGCAACGCCGUUGAUCGUGGGAAGAUCGAAGGGCUUGUGAGAACGCUGGAAGAGAUCAAUGGAGAGCUACGGGCUAAGUACUGGUCUGAAGACAGCUUGACCAGCGAAGGGAGCUGGACUGUGGGCGAAGAGAAAGGACUGGAUUAUCGGAAGGGGACUUUGUGGUAUGGCGGUGGGCAUAGUCAUCAUGAGGGCAAAGGUUUCAACUUUGACCAAGAUUGA